UGCGAAUUGAAGGCGGUGGAAAUCAGAGUGUGUUCCUUGCUAUUCCCGGUCACACGUGUCUGCCGAGCGCUAGUCCGUAAGUGCUGCAGCUAUCGGUGGACUGACGGCGGGCCAAGAUGCUGGUGCUGUUCGAAACGGCGGCGGGCUACGCCAUCUUCAAGGUUUUGGAUGAGAGUAAGCUGCAAGAAGUAGACAGCAUAUGGAAAGAGUUUGAAACACCAGAAAAAGCAAAUAGAGUGGUGAAAUUAAAACACUUUGAGAAGUUUCAGGACACAACAGAGGCAUUGGCAGCUUCCACUGCUCUGGUUGAGGGAAAACUCAGUAAAAAUUUGAAAAAAGUAUUAAGAAAAAUUGCAGCAAAGGAGGCUCAUGAGCAACUUGCAAUUGCAGAUGCAAAGCUUGGGGGCGUCAUCAAGGACAAAGCAAACAUCAGCUGUGUUCACUCUUCCAUGGUUACAGAACUGAUGAGAGGAAUCCGCAACCAGAUAGAUGGUUUAAUAACUGGGAUUUCAUCACGUGAAAUGGCAGCCAUGUCUCUUGGUUUGGCUCAUAGUCUUUCCCGCUACAAACUGAAGUUCAGCCCUGAUAAAGUGGAUACAAUGAUAGUUCAAGCUAUAUCCCUACUCGAUGAUUUGGAUAAAGAGUUAAACAAUUACAUAAUGCGCUGCAGAGAGUGGUAUGGCUGGCACUUUCCAGAGCUGGGCAAGAUCAUCACAGACAACCUGGCCUAUUGCAAGUGUUUGCGUGCUGUAGGUGACAGAAUAAAUUUUGCAACUUUUGACUUGUCUGAGAUCCUCCCAGAAGAGGUUGAAACGGAAGUAAAAGCUGCUGCAGAGAUUUCCAUGGGUACUGAGGUAUCUGAAGAAGACAUAAACAACAUCCUGCAUCUGUGUGACCAGGUGAUUGAGAUCUCUGAGUACAGGUCACAGUUGUAUGACUACUUGAAGAACAGAAUGAUGGCCAUUGCACCCAACUUGACUGUGCUAGUGGGCGAGCUAGUUGGUGCCAGGCUUAUUGCCCAUGCAGGUUCCCUCUUGAACUUAGCAAAGCACCCUGCUUCAACUGUGCAGAUUUUAGGAGCAGAGAAAGCUCUCUUCAGAGCAUUAAAAACCAGAAAGGACACUCCCAAAUACGGUCUGAUUUAUCAUGCUUCAUUAGUUGGACAGACUACUCCUAAAAAUAAGGGCAAGAUCUCCCGUAUGUUGGCAGCCAAGGCAGCCCUUGCCAUACGAUAUGAUGCUCUUGGAGAAGACACCAAUGCAGAACUGGGUGUAGAAACCAGAGCUAAGCUGGAGUCACGUCUUAGACACUUGGAAGAGAAGGGGUUGAAAAGAAUCAGUGGUACUGGGAAAGCAUUGGCCAGAGCAGAAAAGUAUCAGCACAAGAGUGAGGUACGGACAUAUGAUCCAUCUGGGGAUUCUACACUGCCAUCUGUUCCAAAGAAACGAAAGUUUGAGGAGGUAGAGGAAGAAGAACAACCAGCAGAAACUAAAGUCAAAUCUAAAAAGCCCAAAGUGGAGGUAGUGCAGGAAGAAGAGGAAAUAGAGGAAGAAGCUCCAAAGAAAAAAAAGAAGAAGAAGAAGAUCAAAGUUGAGGAAGAGGAGGCAGAGGCAGUAGAGGUAGAAGUAGAAGAGGAAGAACCUUCCACCAGCACAGCAGUUGAGACACCAAAAAAGAAGAAAAAGAAGAAGAAGGUAAAACAGGAGGAUGAUGAGUAGGAAAGAAAACAUACAAUAUUUUAUGGACUUGUAUGUCAUUUCGUUUUACGGAGAUCCCUCUCCAGCAUAGAAAGAGAGAGAUAUUUAAGAAUUUCUCUAAACAUCUGGAGAAGACUCACAAUGACUCUUUAGCAUAAACCAAGAAUUCAAAAUAUGGAAGAGGAACUAAAGGAACUUAACGUUUCUCUAAAGAAUCCAUACUGAACAUGUUUGUUGCUGUCCAUAUAUUGUUCUUUUUGUUAAAACAAAUUAAUACCGGUUGUGUAUAUAACAUAUAUUUUCCCUUUUCUCCAAAUAUACUUUAUAAAAGUA